AUGCUGCAUCGACGACCUCAUUCUCAUUCGCCUCGAAACCCCCACACCGGCCCCUUCUCCCUGGACACCCGCUCCCUCACCAUCCACUAUGUCCUUCACCCAAAACCCAAACCCUUAUCCCCUUCGCUCUCUCUGACUGGCCGCUUCGCCGCCAAGAUCCGCGACCCCUGGAAAAAGACCCGAAAGUGGCUUGGCACCUUCGACACCACCGAGGAAGCCGUUAGGGCCUACGACGUUGUCUCCAUAACACUUCGUGGGCCCAAGGCCAAGACCAACUUCUCCUACGUCCUUGCUUCCUUUCUCCACCUCCCUCCCCCGGUGCUCGCUACUCCCGAAGCCCAUGCCCUGGCCCAAGCCCAAGUCCAGGAACAACUAGCCAGACAAGUCGAGUUUUGUGGCCCACUGUUUUUCUUUGUAGCUGAUGUAGCUUCCACCGCGCCGAUGAGGUCGGAGUACAAGGGUUACAAGUUGGAGAAUAUCACGGGUUUUGUGGUGAGCAAGGAGGAGCGGAAAGAGAAAAAAAUUCCUUUGUUGUUAUGUCAGAAAAUGUAUCGUGUGUGGUGCAUAGGAAAUGGUAUAGUAGUUUACAUCUAA